AUGAGCUCUACCUCCGGCAAACGCAGUCGUGCAGACGACUCUCAUGAAAAUUAUAAAAAAGCACGAUACGCAUACCAACAAAACGGCAACAGUUCCAAACAUCACAAGAAGAACAACAAAAAUAAUACUUCUGGAUCAUCGGGCCCCUCUGUCAAUGAUCUCAAGAGCAAGAUACGAGCUACGAAGCGGUUACUAGAGCAUUCGAAGGGUUUACCUGCGGACGUGAGGAUUGAGAAAGAGAGGGCGUUAAAGGGAUACCAAAGGGAUCUAGAGAAAGUUGAGGAGAACAGAGCUCGAAAUGCGCUGAUAUCUAAAUACCAUUUUGUUCGAUUCCUAGAGCGAAAAACAGCAACUCAAAACCUGAAGAAGUUACGGCGCAUGAAAGAGAAAAUGGAAAAUGAAGAGAAAAACGACGACAACCAAAAGAGCCUCUCAACCAAACCUAAGGCUGAUCGAUUAGCGGAGCUCGAGAAACGAAUAUAUGCUACCCAAGUGGAUAUAAAUUACGCCAAGUACUGCCCGCUAACGGAGAAGUAUAUAUCGAUAUUUCCCGCCGAUAAGUCUAGGGAUAAAGAAGGGAAGAAGAAGAAUAGGAAAGGUGAUAAUGAUGGCGAGGAACAAGAAGGAGAAAGUGAAGAUGGGGGUGAGGAAAGCGAGGAGAAAUCUGCGCUUGGACAGCGAUUAGCUCCGAUUCGAUAUGCGUCAAACGAGAGGCCGCCGCUCUGGUAUGCUGUGGAGCAAAGCAUGAAGGAUGGAACGCUGGAAUUACUGCGGGAAGGGAGAUUGGGAAUCACGGCUACUGGGGAGAGGAAGGGUGUACAUGGAGGGAUUAAGGGGAUUGAUGAUGUGGUAUCUGGUCAGAGUAAGACGAAGGGAACCUACUCGACCUUUUCCACCAAGGAUGCCCAGGGCGGAGUGUCGUUGCAGAGGAAGAAUCAGCAUGCGGAUGAAGUCGGGGAUGGCGAUGAAAACGAUGAGAGCGAUGGUGGCUUUUUCGAGAAAUAA